AUGCGAACUCGUGCAAGAGAUCUUGGUAUUCCUUUUAAAGGCACUCCAGGUGUGAAUAACUCCAUAACCGAUGUUCAAGGUGUUGAAGUUGGACAUCGAACACUAAUAGGAAAUUCAUCUACUGAUCAAAAAUCAAUUCGUACAGGAGUGACAGUUAUUCUUCCAAGAGGAAAAAAUAUUUCAGGAAAUAUUGAAAAUAAGAAGCUCUUUGGAGGAUGGUAUUCAUUGAAUGGAAAUGGCGAGAUGACAGGUACAACAUGGCUUGAUGAAUCGGGUCUUCUUGCUCCAUUAAUUGCAAUAACCAAUACACAUAGUGUCGGAACAAUUCGUGAUGCUGCUAUUCAAUGGUUUAUUCAACAAUCAACUGAAGCUAAUCUUUCGGAGGGAGAUUACAGUUCGUUAAGUUUACCAGUUGUUGCUGAAACAUGGGAUGGAUUUCUUAACGAUAUUAAUGGAUUUCAUGUUAAAGCAGAGCAUCUUUUCGAAGCUAUUCAAUCAGCAAGUUCUGAUGUCAUUCUAGAAGGAAAUGUUGGCGGUGGAACAGGAAUGAUUACACAUAAAUUUAAAGGUGGAAUUGGAACAUCAUCACGCAUACAUGACCAAUAUACAGUUGGUGUUCUUGUUCAAUCAAAUUAUGGAGUUCGAAAUCAAUUAACUAUCGCAGGAAUUCCUGUUGGUGAAAUAAUGUCCAAUGAAUUGUUACCAAUACGUCAACAAGGAUCGAAGAAGAGUGGUGAAGUUGGCUCAAUUAUUGUUAUCGUAGCUACAGACGCACCUCUUCUGCCACAUCAAUUGAAACGCCUUGCUCGUCGCGUACCGAUUGGAAUUGGACUUGUCGGAGGACGUGGUGGUAACGGUUCAGGAGAUAUUUUUCUCGCAUUUUCAACCGCGAAUCAACAAAUCAUGGGUAAAGAGAAAGGUGUUGUACAGGUUGAUAUGUUACCAAAUGAAGAAAUGGAUAGUUUGUUUGAAUGUGUUGUACAAGCAACAGAGGAGGCAAUUCUUAAUGCAAUGAUUGCUGCCGAAACAAUGGAAGGAGUUUAUGGAAAUAAAAUCUAUGCAAUUCCACACGAUAGAAUAAGAGAACUUUUGAAAAAAUUUAAUAAAUUAUGA